AUGUAUACACAUUCAACCAAUACCGAGGCUCAAUCCUCUACAGGCAAGAUACCCCAUUACCGUUCUUAUUCUCCCUUUAAAUCCGACUGGAAUGAUGCUUCCAGACUUCCUUCUACCUUACCUGGUGUCCAUUCCUUGCUGGCCUUAUCUCAGGGGUGUCUCACCAUCUGUGGAUAGCUUGGGGUGGACUUACUGUGUUGGAAUUGGUUUAGAUGUCAAGAUCGCUUGAUGUGCUCUUGAUUGGACACUUGGGAUCAGUUAAUUUGGAAAGGAAGAGGAGGGGAACAUGGAGUUGGAGCAUAGUGACAGGGUUUCUCCCGCCCUCUUUUUUAUCUUAGGUUCUUUAGAUGCACUGGAAAAGCCACGGUUCCUUUGAAAAUGCUUGGCUUGACCAGAUGAGCCAUCUGAACCAAGUUUAAUUGUCUGAUGAUGGAGAUGGCUCGUGACAAGAUUACCAUGUUGACAUGCUGUUGUUUUUUGUUACUAAUUUGAGACAUUUUGACAUUAAACGACAACCUGAAAGUUUUGGAAAGAUGUAUAGCUAGUCUAAAGUAAAUUACUUACGGUUGCUACAGUGUUGCUAAAGUUAGAAGGCUGCCUUGGCUACGUAGGAAAGUGACGUGUGUGGAGUUCUACACAUUACAAUCUUGUUUAUGGGCAUAGGAAAUGCACCAUGUUGCUUGAUCUCAUGGAUUGAAGGCACAAUGGAGUGAAUUUUGUGACAGGACGUUUUCUUGUCACCUGUUUAUACGCUAAUUUUAUUACAUAAUUAGCUUAUAGGUCAAAUUUUGUAUUAUUUAUAAAAUUUGAACAACUUUUAUUUUGUGAGUUUGUUUGCUUUCUAUUUUUAUAAUAUUUAUUAUUUAUUAAUUUUUUAUGUCUACAGUGUUGCCUAGUUUCAUCACCCUGUUUUUCAAACCUAAGGAUGUAGGUUCAUGCUUUUCUCAUUGAUGCCAUUGUGGCAAUGGCAUCGUUAUUGUGGUCAUAGCAACUUUUUCCGUUUGUUUCCACAAGAAAUGCCUCGCAAUUAUCUCAUCUGUCCACUGAGAAAAUCGAAUUUAAAUGAUGAUGAUGAUGAUGGAUUUUUUUUUAUUUCAGUAAAAAAAGAAGCGGUUCAGACAGACAAAGCACCUGCAGCAUUAGGACCAUAUUCGCAGGCUAUUAAAGCCAAUAACCUCCUCUUUGUUUCUGGUGUCUUGGGCCUUGUUCCUGAGGUUUGCUUUUGGUUUGACACUUGAUUUGUCUGUUAUGCCAAUGCAUAUAUUGCAUUAUAGGUGCUGCCGUUCUUGGUUCUAUCUAAUAGUUUGCAGUUUUUAUUCGCAGACAGGUAAAUUUAUCUCAGAUGGUAUAGAGGAGCAGACAGAGCAGGUAACGGGGAUGUUGAUAUCUUUUCUACUGAUUCAGUAUAUUUCCGUUUUAUGCCUUGCUAUUCAUCUAUGCAUCCCACAUCUUGAGUUAUGCUGGAUACUUUAAUGUGUAAAAGUGGACGAAGGGAAUGCUCAGUAAUUUUCAUUAUAUCUGCUGGUUACUUUUUAAUAAUUUUCACAAGCAUCACUUACCAAAAAUCUUGUAGAACGGUCUUAUCAGUCAAGAACUUUGCACCACUCCGUUGCAAUUGGUGUCGUUCUCGUCUCGUCUUCUUCUGGAUUUUAUAGCUUUACAUAUCGUCAUUUGUCGUGUGAGAAUUCAGGUUUACUUUCCCCUUUUUUACUGAAAAUCAGAAUUGUCUUUGCCCAACUAUCAUCUAUGCUCACAUUCAGUGGUCUUUCCAUGCGUCUUGAAGUGUAGGUACCAAUAAGCUAAAUAAACUGCUAUAUUCUUCGUAAUAGUGUAGGCCAGGCUUAGCUUGCUUUCUUCACUAAAAUAGACUCUUUGAAAAAAAAUGCUGUGUUGCUCACCCCCUCUGGUCUGGGUGGAGUUUCCUCCCGCACAUAAACUGAGAGAAAUUCCUUUCGGUGCUCUGAACUUAACAUGGUAGAUGCAAAAAACCUGCAGGUAUUGAAGAACAUGGGAGAAAUACUAACGGCAAGUGGUGUCGGCUAUUCCUCGGUUGUUAAGACAACUAUCAUGUAUAUGGCCGGCCGUUCAUCUCUCUUUGUUGGGCAGUAUUUUCUUAAAUUGGGGUUUAGUUUCUUAGGAUGUCCUUCUUUGUGCAGGCUAGCGGAUCUUAAUGACUUCAAGAAGGUGAACGAAAUAUACGCCAAAUGUGAGUUAAUUUUGUGAUGACUUCCACUUCCAACCUGCUGUUGCUGCUGCUUCUGCUGCUUCUGCUGCUUUGGAAAAUAUACUAAUUAUGUUAUGCAUCUAACAAAUAACUUGUUUCUUCUUGUCUUCUCUUUUUAGACUUCUCAUCGCCUGCUCCUGCAAGGUCAACUUAUCAGGUGGCGGCACUGCCCAUGGACGCCCGGAUUGAGAUUGAGUGCAUAGCGGCACUGUAG